AUGGCCAAGCCUUGCACAAAAGUGUGUGUCACUGGAGGUUCUGGAUAUAUUGGUUCCUGGCUCGUCAAUAAGCUGUUGGAGAAAGGCUAUACUGUCCAUGCAACAUUGAGAAACUUGGAGGACAAAUCCAUUGUAGGCUUACUCAGGUCCCUACCAAACGCCGACACUAAAUUAGUCCUGUUCCAAGCUGACAUAUACAAUCCCAAUGAUUUUGAUGAAGCAAUUCAAGGUUGUGAAUUUAUUUUCCAUGUUGCUACUCCGAUGCAACAUGAUCCCAAAAGCUCUCAGUACAAGGAUAGAUUGGAAGCAACGGUUGCUGGAGUGAGGAGCAUAGCUGAUUCUUGCAUCAAAUCAAAAACUGUUAAGCGUCUCAUCUAUACUUCAUCUGUGAUGGCGUCAUCACCAUUGAAUGAAGAUGGAAGUGGGUAUAAAUCUUGCAUGGAUGAAUCCUGUUGGACUCCUCGUGAUCUCUCACUCACUUAUGCCAAUGAUUAUGUAUUGGAAUAUACAAGGGCAAAAACACUAGCAGAGAAAGAGGCUUUGAGUUAUAAUGCAAUUGGGGAUGCUAAACUUGAAGUGGCGACUCUUCUUUGUAGUCUAGUGGGAGGGGAGACUAUUCUUUCCCGUCUGCCUUUGAGUGUCCAAGUGAUUUUUUCACAGAUUUCUGGCAACAUAUUCGGUUACUAUCAAGGGUUGAAGUUCAUGGAAGAAGUUUUGGGUUCAGUACCUCUUGUUCACGUUGAUGAUGUUUGUGAAGCACAUAUAUUUUGCAUGGAAAAGGAAUCAAUGAAAGGAAGAUUCCUCUGUUCAGCUGCUGAUCCAACCGUCAGAGAAAUUAAAACCCACAUUGAAGAAAAUCAUCCAGAAUUCGAGAUAGAUGAAAAUUUCAGGGAAGAACCAGAGAUCAGAGGAAUCAAAUGUGAUUCAUCAAAGCUGACGAAGAUGGGCUUCGAGUAUAAGUACGACAUGAGGCAGAUCAUUGAUGAUAGCUUGGAAUGUGGAAAAAGACUAGGAGCUCUCCAGUCAGUCAAUCAAAUUGAGAAAAACACAUUAUAA